GUCCAGCGUUGGCACGCGGAAACUUCUCCGGCCACCGAAGAGGAGGGUAGAAAUAAAAGGAGAAAGGAGGAGGAGGAGCCAAUUGUGGGUUGCUGAGAUCCAAAGAUGCACGCCAAGACCGACUCCGAGGUCACGAGCAUCGCGCCCUCGUCGCCCGCCCGGCCGGUGUACUACGUACAGAGCCCGUCGCGUGACUCCCAUGACGGCGAAAAGACGGCAACGUCGUUCCACUCCAGCCCCGUCCUCAGCCCGGCCCACUCCCCCCCGCACUCCCACUCGUCCGUCGGCCGCCACUCCAGGGACUCCUCCUCCAGCCGGUUCUCCGGGUCGCUGAAGCCCGGCUCCAGGAAGAUCCUGCCGAAUGACGGGGCCGGAAGGGGCGGCCGCCGCAAGAGCGACAAGGCGUGGAAGGAGUGCGCGGUGAUCGAGGAGGAAGGGCUGCUCGACGGCGAGGCGGACGACAAGGGCAUUCCUCGCAGGUGCUACGUCCUCGGAUUCGUCCUCGCAUUCUUCGUCCUCUUCUCUUUCUUCGCCUUGAUUCUGUGGGGCGCCAGCCGGAACCAGAAGCCUCAAAUCGUCAUGAAGAGCAUCAAAUUUGAGAACUUCAUCAUCCAAGCCGGCACCGACGCGUCGCUCGUGCCGACGGACAUGUCGACCCUGAACUCGACCGUCAAGUUCACGUACCGCAACACCGGGAGCUUCUUCGGCGUCCACGUGACCUCCACGCCAUUAUAUCUCAACUACUACCAACUCACAAUGGCCAACGGAGACAUGAAAAGUUUCUACCAGUCAAGGAAGAGCCGCAGGGACGUCAACGUGGUGGUGAUGGGCAACAAGGUGCCGCUCUACGGCGGAGGGCCGAGUCUCAGCAGCACCGGCGGCAAGACCGCGGGGCCCGUGAACAUGACCCUGAGCUUCACGAUUAGGUCACGCGCGUACGUGCUGGGGAAGCUGGUGAAGCCCAAGUUCUACAACAACGUCCAGUGCUCGGUCCUCAUGGAUCAGACCAAGCUCAACUCACCAGUCUCCCUCAAGAACUCUUGCCAGUACAACUGAGAGCCGAAUGUAGAUGGAGGCUUCUUCAUGGUUGCUUUAUUACUAUUAGUUUCUUUCUUUCUUUCUUUCGAGUUUGGAUCGUCAAAGUCUUGCAGAUCUCCGAUGAGCUCACAUUUACCAGUCCGCUGCUCUCUCCUUCCUCGAGUGGGAGGACAGCUGUGGGACAUGAGCUGUUCCUCUGCAGGAGGUCAGGGCUGAGGUUCCGUGACUUGUUGGCAAGGGCUAUAUCGAAUGAGGUGGAAGUAACACCGAGUUGAGACUUGGUGGUAUUCAUGUUAUGUGGGUUGAUGUAUGAAUUAUUUUUGCUAGCUUAUGUAUUUAGUAUAUAAAACAAAUGAUAAUAAAAUAUACUGAGGAGUAAUAAUAAUCUCGAGAAGGAAUACCAUUUUGUUGUUUA